GGUACAAUCAAGGGCUUACAGUAUUUGCAGUCAACAGCUGGACAUCCGAUAGCUAGGUGUCUUGUGAGAUCUUUUUGCGUGUUUAUUUUUUUACAAAGCGUAAUAGACUGAAAUUGUAUAAAAAUGAAGUGGCUUAUUGUUACAGUGCUAUUUUAUUACGUGAGCUGUGAAGACACGGUGUCUGUCAGAGAGCCGACCGCCGGCGCGGCGGCCCCGCUGGCGGACAGCCAGAAUAGGAUUAUUGGGGGACUCCCCACCACCAUCGAAGUAUAUCCUUACAUGGCACAGGUGCUGGCGAACGGUCAGCCGAACUGCGGCGGCAUGGUGCUGACGGCGCGCCACGUGCUCUCCGCCGCGCACUGCUUCAUCAACCAGAACGGCGCAGCCAUCAGCCCGUCAGUCUUCACCGUCCGAGUCGGGUCCACCUACUCCAUGUCCGGUGGAUCCGUCCACAAGGUGUCCACCAUCGUCUUGCACGAGUCUUACAACAACCCGACCAGUAAUAACGACGUGGCGGUGGUGGUGCUGGCGUCCCGGAUCCGGAGCUUUAAUAGCUCGACUGUGAGACCGGCCAUUGUGCCGCCAUCUGGAUAUGUGGUGCCGGAUAAUGCGUCCGUCGUCGCUAUUGGCUGGGGCAGGACUGUUGAGAACGAAGCUUCGUCAGUGUCGCCGAGCCUCCGCCACGUGAGCGUGCGUAAAGUGAGCCGCUCAGAGUGCGCCGCUCGCUACAGCGCACUCGGGGCUCAGCAGGGCAACGCUAACAUGUUCCCUGUUACUACUAGCAUGCUGUGUGCGGGACUGCUUAAUGUUGGAGGCGCGGACGCUUGCCAGGGUGACUCCGGGGGCCCACUAGUGUACAACGGGGUGGUGGUGGGGGUGACCUCGUGGGGCGCCGGCUGCGGGAACCCCUCGUACCCGGGGGUCUACGCACGGGUCGCCAGCUACACCACCUGGAUCACCAGCACUGUACAAAGGUACAACGGCGCGCCGACAGUGAGCGUCAACUUCCUCCUGCUAGUCUCCUUGGUGACUUCCAUCAUCCUAACAAAUAAUACCAAAAUGUGAUUCUAAAAUAGUUUAAGGCAAUAAUAAUUUAUGGAGAAUUUGAACAUUUUAAAUGAACUGUCUUUCCUCUUAAUUAGAAGUUCAAGAUUGGGACACUGGAAUUCCGACUUUUUUGACACUAACUAGUUACAAAUAGUCGAUUUAUAAACCUACAACAAGAAAAUAUGGGUAAUUUUGUAUUUUUUAUAUUAAGUAUAAUAUAACAAUGCUUUUUUAC